AACGUAGCAGCGUUGUUUCGCGUCACAGCGCGUUAUCACUACAUACAGUAAAAGAUAAUUAAACACUAAAUAAAAAAGUAAUGCAGUAGAAAUAAAUUUUAAUUGCUACUUAAGUAGAGCAAAAUGAAAGCUAAUAAUUAAAAAUAGAAAAAAAAAAAAUUAAAAAUAAAUUAAAUAAAAAUUAGAAAUUGCGUGACUGUGGUGAUAUGAAAAAAUUUCAAAGAAUCUGUGUGUGAGAAAUCGCACAAAAAUAUAUUAAACUGCUAUUGUAUUAAGAAAUUAUGAAAUUAAAAAAAUUGUUUAUUCACGCAAGUGGAAGCGUAAAAAAAAAUAAUAAAUUUGCAUAUAAAUGAGAAGCACAGCGCAACAGUGCAAUCAGUGAUUUAAUGCAGUGCGUGAUGUUAAAUAAUAAUAACAGUAAUUACACAUACGAAUUGUGGCAUUAAAAAUUAAUAAAAGAAUGCAAUAAUUCAUUCAAAAGGGUACCACCUGUCUGUUGUAGUCGCAUCAACGCCACCACGGAAGGUAUUUAAUUAUGCAAUGAGACAUCCCGUGCAAUAAGUUGGCUGCCGGUAUUGCAAAUAUUCGGUGCCAGCAAGCCAAAAACGCGCGACAAAAGACUUUAGGAAAACCCCGCGGCUUCUACUGCCACGCCUGCAUUGCGCUGUGCACGACUACCAAUUCAGUUGGUACGACCCUACGACCCUACGAACAGCAUUGCCUACGUUACGAAGCUAAACAAAUUUACAAGCGACAAGAAACAGCGUGCGGGGAAACACCAAACUGGCAAGCAAUCAGCUCGUACAAGCAAACGGUUUAGUCGGUUGUAGAGCAGUGCAUCCCUUUGUUCUGAUCUUUGUGUUUUGUGUUGUUGUAGCAAGGGUGCGCUGCAACUCCUAUAGAACUGAAAUGAUUCGUAUUUGUCAGUCGUUGCCAAUUUAACUGCCGGAAAUAAACUGAAUUUUGCAGCAAUUGAAGUUCAAGGAGAGCCAUUCCAGCGAAAUCACACCCGAUUCUAAGCCAUUUAUUCCAUUUUGGCGUCACAAUCAAAAGAAAUCGGGCAAGCAAUGAAAUUAAUAUGGGACGGCUUAACAUGAUGACAACCUCAAUUAAAACCACAUUUGUCACUCGCCAGGUGGCGCCAACAUCAGCAGUCGCAUUAAUAUCAAAGUCGUCGAAAGCAAACCGAGUGAACUCACCGGCAACAACAACACCAAUAGCAAAUUCCCCAGAAGCAUCUGAGAGACCACAGAGUUUGUGGUCAGCAACCACGACAACAACGGCAACAAUAAAAACAAAAAAGCACUGUCAUUUCGCCGAAACGCCAUCCUUAUCUUCGUACGGCACUGUACGCCACAUGCGGCAACUACUCAAUGCACAUCUGGUUAUCACAGCAACAACAUUGCAGCAAUGCGCCGCAGUACGAUGGCAACUGUUGGUUGUCUUCCUUAUAUGCAACUGUAUUGAUAUUUCCAUUUCCAACCAAAUCUCGACAGUGGGCGCCUUCGAGCCGGACUUCGUCUUUCCGCUGGAGAAUGUCACCGUGGCGCAGGGACGCGAUGCGACCUUCACGUGUGUGGUUAACAAUCUCGGCGGUCACAGGGUGAGUGGCGACUCCUCAACGGCCAGGGUCGCUUGGAUUAAGGCCGAUGCAAAGGCGAUUCUGGCCAUACAUGAACAUGUGAUAACAAACAAUGAUCGAUUGUCAGUCACACAUAAUGACUUCAAUACGUGGACGUUGGUCAUACGGAAUGUGAAAAUGGAGGAUUCCGGCAAGUACAUGUGUCAAGUGAAUACGGAUCCCAUGAAAAUGCAAACAGCCACAUUAGAAGUGGUGAUACCACCAGAUAUUAUCAACGAAGAAACGUCCGGCGACAUGAUGGUGCCAGAAGGUGGCUCAGCGAAGUUGGUAUGUCGUGCGCGAGGACAUCCGAAACCGAAAAUCACUUGGCGUCGCGAGGAUGGACGUGAAAUUAUCGCGCGUAAUGGAGCUCACCAAAAAACUAAAGCUUUGGCAGUUGAGGGCGAAAUGCUAACGCUGACCAAGGUGACUCGCAGCGAAAUGGGCGCCUAUAUGUGCAUCGCUUCAAAUGGUGUGCCGCCGUCGGUGAGCAAACGCAUGAAGCUGCAAGUGCAUUUUCAUCCAUUGGUACAAGUUCCAAAUCAAUUGGUUGGUGCGCCCGUUUUAACCGAUGUCACAUUGGUCUGCAAUGUGGAAGCAUCACCGAAAGCUAUCAACUACUGGCAACGAGAAAAUGGUGAAAUGAUUAUUGCUGGCGAUCGGUAUGUCCUCACUGAAAAGGAAAACAAUAUGUACGCCAUUGAGAUGAUUUUGCAUAUCAGACGCUUGCAAACCAGUGAUUUUGGUGGUUACAAAUGCAUCUCGAAGAAUAGUAUUGGCGACACGGAAGGAACGAUACGAUUGUAUGAAAUGGAGAGACCUGGAAAGAAAAAUCAACGAGAAGAUGAUAACGAAGUUGCGAAAAAUGAUGCCACACUCAAAGAUAAUCGCCACGAGGAUGGCUCACGCAAUCAAAACGGACGCCUCUACAAGGAGCGUGGCAGCGAUGCGGACCUGCAAAACGGCAGUCAAGCGCUGAGUAGGCGGCGAAAUACAAUAUAUAUGCUGGUGCUGACGCUGCUGGUGUCGCUUGCAGCGACUGCCACAAAAACAACAAUAAAAACAGCAGCAGUUACAACGGUAAGAAGACAAAGUUCAGACAAUUUAUAGCUUCACCGAAGACAAGCGAAUGCGAAGUAAACAAAUAAAGAAAUAAAAUAAAAAAUAAAACCCAACAAACAUAAUAGGUAUUAUAAGUAAUAGCGCGGCUCAAUAAAUAAAUGUAAUAAGAUAAAAAUUAAUAACAAAAAAAUAAAAAAAUAAAUAAAAAAUGAAAUAUGCAAUCAGAUAUUGGAAUAUAAAAAUAUUUAGCAGAAAGCAAAUAAUGAAUAACUGAGUUAAAUGUUACCUCUCUAGCGAAAUGUGUUUCUAUGACAAUGACUGUUGACUGUAUUUUUUAGCAGCUGACAUAGCUACGAGUUGCUUGGCGGCCUUUGAAGUUAAAUAACCCAGCAAACUUUAAAGUGAAAUAUGAAUAGUUUAGCUAUGAAAUAGAAGAAAAACCGAAAUAAAAAUAUAAAAUUAUAACAAAAUGCUUUGCAGAAGUAUUUGUAUUAGUGAAGGUAUGAAAUACUUGCGUAUGUAUGUUUAAGAAAUGUAUUAAUGGUAUAUAAAUGCUAAAUAAAAUAUGAAAGAAUAGUCAGCCAAACGCAGUAUUACGAGCGAUGUGUUAAAUAUUAAAAAGUAUAUAUGUCAGUAUGAUUUAUAAGAAAUGCUUAUGAAGUAGAAUCCACGCCUCCCCUGAUAUUGUAAAUACUUUAAGUCUAGACAAUGUACACUGUAAAUAUGUUCGCACGAUUAUCCUCAAUGUACUAAGCUGAGUUCGCAGUGCUCACAAUUUUUUUAAUGUUAAAUAGAAAUAAAUUUUAAUUUAAAAAUAGAAGCAAAUUAUUAUGGAAAACAUCCGGUAUGUAAUUUAGUCAAUGCUCGUUCAGCUAAAAAUUGCAGCACUUGUUCAUUAGGUUCCAUUAAUCUUUGAUAGCGGCGACGCGUUCUAAGGUGGAUAUAUCAAGGAA